AUGAAUCCAUCAAAGAGAGGGAUAUUGUGGAUAUUGGCUGCAUCUGUUUAUCUUGCAGCCCCUGUGGAUGCAUUCUCUGCAUCAUCGCAAAAACGUAAACUGACGUCGUCAUCACCACCACCAGUUGUCCAACAAUCCAGUCGCCGUCAAUAUAUCGCACAAACUUUGGGUGGAAUUAUCUCUGGAGCGGGAAUCCUAGUUUCUAACCCAACGCCGAGCGUUGCAUCUUCCACAGCUCGAGUGCAGAAGUGGCCAGGGGUAGAAUACUUGGAACCAGUCUAUGAACUGAAACUCUCAUUCGAAGCCAUCGCCAAGGCAUCCGAAGACGAGUCACAAUAUGCUUCGCUCCAGCAGCGAUUGGAAAAGUUUUUCAAGGGCACCAUUUAUUCGGAACGCAAUGUGUAUGCGGGAGUCGCCUUGUCGUAUACCACACAAAUCCAAUACGAUCCCAAUGAAAUACAGGAAUACGCCAGGUUGGACCAACAAGAACGAUUCGAUCUGAUGGAAAAUGCUCUUGACAAUCUACGAAAUCUAUAUAUCAGUCUUCCAUCGACCCCUGACGCCACUGUGAACAAGCAAGAUAUCUCAGAUUUUGCCAACGGGGCGACAGCUUGCAUGCGAAGGUGGUUUUCUCUGAUUGCCACCGCCGAGGUGGACCGGGCUAAGGAGUUAUACGAGGCUGCCCGAUCAGCAGAUGCCAACAAGGACGGUAAGGUAGAUGUGGAAGAGCUUCAAGCAGUGCCAGAAGAAUACCGAACCUUAUGGAAGAAGCGUCUUGAAUUUACUGGAAUAGGCCCUCUAUAG